AAAUACACCCAAUAUUAUGAACAGUGUGUUAAUUAGCAAGCAAAAUUCAAUUAACACUAGUGUGAACUUAGCGUCGGGUGAAGAAUUUUUCGAAUUAAUUCUGCGCUAGAGGGCGCAGUGUUCUCGUGAUGUUGUUACAUACUGAAGGGCGUGUGAGUGCUUGUGUUAAAAAUUAAGUGUUUUGUGGUUUUAAAAGUCCCAAACAACCACUGAAACGGUGGCAAGCGAGCCCGCACCGCAAACGCAAUCGCCCGCGUGACUGCAGCCGCCGUCGGACGAGCGGAAUCGGCUGAUUGACACUGACACAAAUACCCAUCGCCAGAGGCAUCACUCGUUCAGCGGUCCCAGCGGGGACGGGCCCCCGCGCGGCCUCCUGCAGCUACCUCGCACAGCAUCUAUACACAGACCGCGAUCACAGCACAACAGAAUGUCGUCACUGUCGCUCAAGAUCUCCAUAGAGGGCGGGAAAGUGGUGAAGACCAUACAGUUCGACCCGUCUAGCACGGUGUACGACGCCUGCCGGAUCAUACGCGAGAAGAUACUGGAGGCGAACACUAAUGACGCCAAAGAGUACGGGCUGUUCCUCGCCUCCGAGGAGGACAACAAGAAGGGCAUCUGGCUGGAGGCGUCCAGGAGCCUGGACUACUACAUGCUGCGGAACGGCGACCUGCUCGAGUACAACAAGAAGACGAGGAACCUGCGCGUUCGGAUGCUGGACGGUACGGUGAAGACGCUACUGGUUGACGACAGCCAAGUGGUGGCGAACCUCAUGGUGGUGAUAUGCACCAAGAUCGGCAUCACCAACUAUGAUGAAUACGGAUUGGUGCGAGAAGAGCAGAAGGAAGAGGCGGAUCCAUGUGAGAAGCCCAACUACGGCACGCUGACGCUGCGCCGGCGGCACCACGAGAAGGAGCGCGACGCCAAGAUGGAGCAGCUGAGGAAGAAGCUGCGGACUGAUGAUGAAGUGAACUGGGUGGAGCCGUCGAAGACGCUCCGCGAGCAGGGCGUGGACGCGGCGGAGACGCUGCUGCUGCGGCGGAAGCUGUUCUUCUCCGACCGCAACGUGGACUCGCGCGACCCCGUGCAGCUCAACCUGCUCUACGUGCAGGCGCGCGACGCCAUCCUCGACGGCACGCACCCCGUCACGCAGGACAAGGCUUGCGAAUUCGCUGGCAUCCAGUGUCAGAUACAAUUCGGGGACCAUCGGGAGGACAAACACACGCCGGGCUUCUUGGACCUGAAGGAGUUCCUGCCGGCGUCGUACGUGAAGGUGAAGGGCGUGGAGAAGAAGGUGUUCAAGGAGCACCGGAAGCACGCCGGCCUCAGCGAGCUGGACGCCAAGGUGCUGUACACCAAGAGCGCGCGGGACCUGCCUACCUACGGCGUCGCCUUCUUCCUCGUCAAGGAGAAGAUGAAGGGCAAGAACAAGCUGGUGCCCCGGCUGCUCGGCGUGACCAAGGACUCGGUGCUGCGGCUGGACGAGCGCACCAAGGAGACACUGCAGACCUGGCCGCUCACCACCGUGCGCCGCUGGUGCGCCAGCCCCAACACCUUCACGCUCGACUUCGGCGACUACAGCGACCAGUACUACUCGGUGCAGACGACGGAGGCCGAGCAGAUACUGCAGGUGAUAGCCGGCUACAUCGACAUCAUAGUGCGCCGGCGCCGCGCCGCCGACCACCUCGGCCGCGACGCCAGCGAGGGCUCCGCCCUGCUCGAGGACUCCGUCGCGCCCUCCAAAGCAAAUAUAAUACAACACGACACAUUCAAAUCGGGCAAAGUGAAUACGGAGUCUGUGGCCAAGCCGGCCGUGCUGCGACCCGGCGCUGAAGGUGCAAAGUCGUUCGCGGUGGGGCACAUGACGGGCGCGCAGCAGACCACCGUCUCGGGCCAAGUCAUCACUGGCCAUACGCCGCCCGCUGCGUCGCAAGUGCAACAGACGAAAGUCACAUCGAUAUUGAGCGAGCCGCAGAGGGCGCUACUGUCGACGAUCACCAGCGGGCGGGAGGUGAUCAAGCAGACGGAGGAGAGCCUGACCAGGGCGUCGCUGCCGGCGCUGGGCUCGGACGCCGGCUCCGUGCGCUGGAAGACGACGACGCUGGACACGAGCAAGCAAGUGGUGACGUCGCACAUCGCCGCCAUGAACGCGGCCACCGCGCAGGUCGUCACGCUCACGGCCGGACCUACCGAAGAAGUCGAUCACACCGCAGUCGGUGCAGCAAUUACGACGAUCACAACAAACUUACCCGAAAUGACCAAAGGUGUGCAGAUGAUAGCGGCGCUCAUGGACGAUGAUGACAACGGUGAUCGGCUGCUGGACGCGACCCGCAAACUGUGCAGCGCCUUCACCGACCUGCUGCGGGCCGCCGAGCCAGAGACUAAGGAGCCUCGCCAGAGCCUACUGAACGCGGCGUCCCGCGUGGGAGAGGCUUCCACCAGCGUCCUCUACACCAUCGGCGAGGAGACGCCGCAGGACAAGGAGACGCAGGACAUCCUGCUGUCGCUGGCGAAGGCGGUGGCCAACACGACGGCCGCGCUGGUGCUGAAGGCGAAGAACGUCGCCGCGCAGUGCCGCGACGAGCAGCCGCUGCAGAACACCAUCAUAGCGGCCGCCACGCACUGCGCGCUCGCCACCAGCCAGCUGGUCGCCUGCGCCAAGGUGGUGGCGCCGACGCUGCACAGCCCGGCGUGCCGCGCGCAGCUGGAGAGCGCGGCGCGGCAGGUGGCGCAGGCGGUGGAGCGGCUGGCGGCCGCGUGCCAGCUGGCGCCCGCCGCGGCCGCGCCCGCCGUCGACCAGCUGGCGGCCGCCGCGCGCCGCGUCUCCGACGAGCUGGAGCGCCUGCUGGCGCACUGCGACCUGGAGCGCCGCGGGCAGGCGAGCGUGUCGCAGUCCGUGGAGAGCGUGCUGUCGGCCAGCGAGCGGCUCGGCGCGGCCGCCGACGCGGGCGAGAUGGUGCGCGGCGCGCGCCUGCUGGGGCAGGCCACCGCCAGGCUCAUCGCGGACAUCAAGGAGCAAGAGACGCGCACGGAGAUGGUGCGAUCGAUGAAGUCGGUCACCGUCAACUCUUCAAAACUGCUCGGCACCGCUAAGUCUGUUAGCCAGGAUUUGACACGACCGAACGCCAAAAACCAACUGGCGGCCGCGGCGCGUGCCGUCACUGAGAGCAUUAACCAUUUGGUGGACGUGUGCACGGAGGCUGCGCCCGGGCAGAAGGAGUGCGCGGCCGCCAUCCGCAGCAUCGAGAGCACGCGGCCGCUGCUGGGCGCGCCGAGCCAGCCGCUCAGCGAGCUCGGCUACUUCGCGUGCCUCGACGCCGUCGUCGACCAGAGCAAGGCGCUCAGCGAAGGCAUGUCGGGCAUGGCCAGCUCGAUCAAGAAGGGCGAGCACGCGCAGUUCGCGCGCAGCGUGGCCGGCGCCGGCGCCGCCGUGCAGAGCCUCGUGGAGUGCGCCGCGCAGGCCGCCUACCUGACGGCGGUGUCGGACGAGACGUCGGUGGCGGGGCGUGCCGGGCUGGUGGACCAGGCGCAGUUCGCGCGCGCCGCCGCCGCCAUCGCGCGCGCCUGCGACACGCUCUAUAGAGUGCGGCGUGCGCGUGCGCAGGUGCUGUCGGCGGCGACGGUGAUCGCGAAGCACACGAGCGCGCUGUGCAACGCGUGCCGCGUGGCGUCGGGCCGCUCCGUGCAGCCGCAGAGCAAGCGCCACUUCGUGCAGGCCGCCAAGGACGUGGCCAACUGCACCGCCGCGCUCGUCAAGGAGAUCAAGGCGCUCGACGCCGACUACACGCAGGAGAACCGGGCGCGGUGCGGCGCGGCGUGCGCGCCGCUGCAGGAGGCGGUGCGCUCGCUGGUGCAGUUCGCGGACAGCCCCGAGUUCGCCGCCGUGCCCGCGCGCAUCUCGCCGCAGGCGCGCCUCAACCAGCAGCCCAUACUCGACUGCGGCAGGAACAUAAUAUCCGGCUCGUGCUCGAUGCUGGAGGCGGCGCGCGCGCUGGCGCUGGCGCCGGGCGACCGCGCGCACUGGCAGGCGCUCGCCGCGCACAGCAAGACCGUCUCUGACAGCAUCAAGCAGCUCGUCGCCGGCAUCCGCGAGAAGGCGCCGGGGCAGCGCGAGUGCGCGCGCGCGCUGGACGCGCUGGGCGCGCAGCUGCGCGAGCUGGACCACGUCGCCAUCCAGGCCGUGGGGCAGGAGCUGCAGCCGCGCCAGGCCAACACGCUGCAGGGUUACUGCGAGCAAGUGGAAAACAGCGCUGCGGAGAUCCUGGAGCGGCUGGAGGCGGUGCGCGUGGCGGCCACCAGCGAGGCGGAGAACCUCGGCCACUCCGUAUUACAGCUCGUAUCAUACGCGGAGCCGCUGGUGUCGGGCGCGAGCGGAGCGGCGUCCAAUCUGACGGAGUCGGCCGCGCAGUCGGCUCUGCUGCAGCACGCCCGCACCGUGCUGGAGACCCUGGCUCUGCUCGUCACCGCCGCGAAACAGGCUGGCGGCAACCCUAGGGCGAGCGGCGCGCACGCGGAGGUGGAGGCGCAGGGCUCGCUGGCGCGCGCCGCGCUGGCCGAGCUGGGCGAGACGGUGCGCUCGCUCAGCGCCGCGCGCGGCGACGCCGGCCCGCUGCUCGACUGGGUGGCGCGCUCGCUCGCGCGCCUCACCGACCAGCGGUGAGUGCGCACACGCACA